AUGCUGCCGCUAUACCUGUUGACGAACGCCAAGGGCCAGAAGCUCUUUAUAGAGCUCAAGAACGGCGAGACGAUCGAGGGGGAGCUUGUGAAUGUUGAUAACUGGAUGAACCUGACACUGCAGAGCGUGGUGCAUGCAGGGAGCGACCAAACACUGCAACUUCCGGAGAUAUAUGUGCGGGGUUCGUUCAUCAAGUAUAUACGGCUUCAGGACGACAUCAUCGAGAAGGUGAAGCAGCAGCUGAACAGCGGCAAAGACGGCAGCGGCAGCAACGGACAGCAGCGGGACCGCGACGGCAGAAGGUACAACGGCAGACGAGAAGGCAAUGCGGGCGGGCGCUUCGGCAACCAGGAGCACCAGCGGAAGCGCGGGGGAGGCUUUCAGCGGCGCGACGGGCAGUACGGCGGCAGCAGGCGCGGGCGGUCCGGCCAAUCGGGAGGCGCCGGCUUUGUCCAGUACCAACAGUCUCAGCAGUGGCAGUCGUCCGCAUCGCAAGUCCAGUCCUGA